AUGUCUUCAACUGUGGACUUCCACUCCUCCUUUUCGACACUGGGAGCUUCAACCAUCGACCUGACUGCAGAUCACCCAUACAAAGCCUUGGAGACCUCGGGCGGCUGUCAGAUCGUUCCUAUUCGGAACGGUCUGCCUACCCCUCCUCUCGAUAUGACCGGCGUCGCCUACAAUGCCAUGCCGCCUAUUGCACAUGGAGGGAAUCUCCAUGGGCCAUCUCACCACUACGCCCACUCGCGACCCCAGUUCGAUUCAAUUUCCUCGUCGAUGAUGGCUGCCAUGAAGCCCCAAUCACAUGUCGUUUCGACUAAGGAGGUUCCCGCGACAGAACCAACUGCACAGAAGAAAUCCACCAGUUCGACAGGAGGAUCGCAACUCCGGGUUCCUUCGUCCAUCAACAACAGCAAGGGCAGUCUGGCCGAGUUUGCAGCUCAGAUGACGUGUCUAUUCUGGUUCGAGAAGACUUCGAAACUGCAGGCCAUUGAAGAUCGCCAAUACACCGUUCCUUCCCUCGUGCCCGAGGCGAUCCCCACCGUUGGAUUCCAGAAAUGGGUUGCAACGAUUCUUUCAACCACACAAGUCAGCCAGAAUGUUAUCCUCCUGGCUCUGCUUUUUAUUUACCGCUUGAAGAAAUUCAACUCGGGGGUGAAAGGCAAGAAAGGCAGCGAAUUCCGGUUGAUGACGGUUGCGUUGAUGCUCGGCAAUAAAUUCCUCGACGAUAACACCUACACCAAUAAGACGUGGGCUGAGGUAUCGGGCAUCGCGGUGCACGAGAUUCACAUCAUGGAGGUCGAGUUCCUGAGCAACAUUCGCUAUGAUCUUUUCUCGUCCGAGGCGGAAUGGUCCCGCUGGCAAACCAAGCUGGGGCUCUUUGGCGACUACUUCAAUAAGGCCUCCAUGCUGCCGGUCGAAUCAGCCGCCAUGCUCCAGGUCUCGCCUCCCCGCAUGCAAUCGCUUUCGCCAUCGUCCAAGUUACCCUCGCCUGGCACCGACUCGUUCCGGCCUCAGUCACAACCCAAUUUCUACAUGCCACUCAAUGGGCUGCCGUACUCUCUGCCACCCCAACACAUGGGUGGCGAGACCGCCAUGGGAGGCGGUCGGAAACGAAGUCGCGAUGAGACUGAUGAGCUUCACCCGACCAAGCGGCUUGCUUUGUCUUCCAACACGUCUACUCCGCCAGCUCCGAUGACGGUCCCGGUGACUGCCAUGAAUGCGAUGCCCACCCUUCCUCCCGUCGUGACCCCCACUUCUGCCCCGGUGGCAGCAAUGAAUCAUUCUCGGCUCCCGCCUCCUCACCAGGCUCCGCCCCUUCCAACCUCCUACUCUACACCUCAGACGCUUUCUCAGGGGGCUUCCCAUCUUCCCGCCAUCAUACCGCCGAUCUACAAUCGGCCCCCGAACUGGCAACAGAUGCCUCCUCUCUCUGUGCCUCCGAUGUCGUCGGGCGUCUAUAACACCGCCCCGCUGUCCGACCUAGGCCGGCACUACCAGGGCCCGUUCGGCGUGUCCUCUGCUGCCGCUUCGCCGGCCAUCUCGGCCUACUCCGUCCACACUCCGCAGACACAUCUAUCUCCUUCUUUCUUCCUUGCCGACCGCAACUCGCCCUACCGGCCCGUGCGUUCUGUCAACACUCUCCUCAUUCCACCUCCGUCGAGUUCCCUGCAGCAACAGCGCAGCAUUCCGUUUGAUCAAAUGCACUAUCAGCCGCUUGCAAAGGGUACCACCUCCCGCAAGACCGGCCUGUUGCCGUACAUCCAACCCGACGCGUGGUCCCAAGCUCCGUACCUCCACCCCAUCUACCCAUCCAACAACUACCCUGCUUAA